AUGUCAUUUUUGGCACUACUUAAAAGACAUUUUUUCAUCCCGGAUUUGCAACUUGACACAUGGGUGUUGGCCGUCACUGUUUCAACUCUAGUUGGGAAGAUGUAUGUUACACCCCCAGAUACUGAUAUAUAUGCUGUUCCAAAGGUUCUCGCACCAAUGCCUCAAAAGUACAUUCGAUGUGCACAAAGCGAUUAUGGAUGCUACAAUGUGACAGAGCCACCCAUUGAUGCCCCUAGAGAUCCGAUGUACAAAUCUGAGAAAGAAGUCUUAAAGGUUUUCCUGACAAAGCAUUACAGGAAUCGCCGGCUGGGUGACCCAGAAUUUACUCUGGAUUUUGAGGAGAUCUAUGUAAUUGACUCAAAAACAAAAUCAAUCUCCAGAGCAAAAGUCUUGGUGAGCAAAUUUCAUGUGAACUAA